UUGUUCCCAAGUAUCGCAAUUUUGGUCGGAUGAUGGUCCCGGAGGCGAUUGUUUCUGGUUGUUGGACGCAAUGACACUUCUUGCAGGGGUUCAAAGUGAUUCGACCACAAACUGGACUAAAGAACGCAGUAUUAGAAUCUUCAGCAAUUGCUUGUUUGUUUUCGGAAUAUCUAUGCUAGCCCUAGAUGUGUUGAGUGAUUUUCUGGAAAGAUGGGAUGACAAUUUUGUGAAAGUUAUGGCAUUACUCAAAUUGACAUCCAUAUGUCUGUCGUGCCUGAAAACGGUUGCAAUCGUAUUUCUCAAAGAACCAAUUGCAACUCUCAGGACAUUCAUCCUUAGUCAGCGCAUUAACUCCGGAGAUGAAGUUUUCGACGCACUCGAGUGCAGAAAGCUCAACGAAACUGCCCGAACGAUGCUGCGUUGUAUGUUGGGAUUGAUUGUCGUGGAGAUGAUCCUCCUAUCAAUCCCAAACCAAACCAUGGACAAUGUGUUCAGGAUGCCGCCCGUGUUGCUGCACAUCGGAGAAACACCUUCGCGUAUUGUUCAUGCCCUGUUCAUGUGCUCGUUACCGGUGUUUUUGCUUCCCAGACUUUUUUCCAACAUUGCGUACAUUGGUGUCCUCAUCAUGGGAAUGCAAAUGAAGCUCAGAAUGUUGGCCCAUCGAUACCGAGGAAUGCUGAACUUGACGGCUUCAAACGUGGAAAGUUAUCUUGAUCGUGUCGACAAUGAUUUGCGGGUAACUGUGAAUCAACAAUUGGAAUUUGUAGAGCAGUUCAACAAGUUGGCUUAUAUGGUGAGCACGAUGUUCCUGAUAACCCAUUACUACUCAAUGUUCAGCAUUGGUGCCAUAAUUUUCAUGUGGCAAAAUAUGGGAUUCAACGGAUUUUCCACCGUUUUCCUGCUGACAUUCCUGUCGCUGUUGCUGGAAUACUACGUUUGGUGUCACCUGGUGGACUCGUUUCAUGAUGUGGCCAGCAGUAUGGGAGAAGAAAUCUACGAAAUUUGCGUUCAUAUACCGCACAGCCGCGACCAUCAUUCGAAGUACAUUCAGCUGAGAACGAGCCUGAUCAUUAUUUGGAUCAACAACAGCAACGGUUAUACCGUGAAUUGCUUCGGAUUGCUGAAUCUUUCGAUACUAACGUUUGUCGAUAUGGCUAACAUCACCUACUCCUUGUUGAUGUUUCUGAUCAAUGUGGGCUGAAUUUGUAGCGAACUUUUGGUAAACUUGUUACAGCACUUU